AUGAGCCAGCCCAGGCCCCGCUACGUGGUAGACAGAGCUGCAUACUCUCUCACCCUCUUCGAUCAUGAGUUCGAGAAGAAGGACCGGACGUACCCACUGGGAGAGAAACUUCGCUAUGCUUUCAGAUGUUCCCCGGCCAAGAUCAAAACCGUGGUGUUUGGGCUGCUCCCUGUGCUCUCCUGGCUCCCCAAGUACAAAAUCAAAGACUACAUCGUCCCCGACCUGCUUGGUGGCCUCAGCGGUGGAUCCAUCCAGGUGCCACAAGGCAUGGCAUUUGCUCUUCUAGCCAACCUUCCUGCAGUCAACGGCCUCUACUCCUCCUUCUUCCCGCUCCUGACCUACUUCUUCCUGGGGGGUAUACACCAGAUGGUGCCAGGUACCUUUGCUGUUAUCAGUAUCCUGGUGGGUAACAUCUGUCUGCAGCUGGCCCCAGAGUCAAAAUUCCAGGUCUUCAACAAUGCUACCAACCAGACCCACGUGGACACGGCGGCCAUGGAGGCCGAGAGGCUGCAUGUGUCAGCAACGCUAGCCUGCCUGACUGCCAUCAUCCAGAUGGGCCUGGGCUUCGUGCAGUUUGGCUUUGUGGCCAUCUACCUCUCCGAGUCCUUCAUCCGGGGCUUCAUGACGGCUGCCGGCCUGCAGAUCCUGAUCUCGGUGCUCAAGUACAUCUUUGGACUGACCAUCCCUUCCUACACCGGCCCAGGGUCCAUCGUCUUUACCUUCAUUGACAUUUGCAAAAACCUUCCCCACACCAACGUCGCCUCGCUCAUCUUCGCCCUCAUUAGUGGUGUCUUCCUGGUGCUGGUGAAGGAGCUCAACGCUCGCUACAUGCACAAGAUCCGCUUCCCCAUCCCUACAGAGAUGAUUGUGGUGGUGGUGGCAACAGCUAUCUCUGGGGGCUGUAAGAUGCCCCAAAAGUAUCACAUGCAGAUCGUGGGGGAGAUCCAACAUGGGUUCCCUACUCCUGUGUUGCCUGUGGUUUCACAGUGGAAGGACAUGGUUGGCACAGCCUUCUCCCUGGCCAUCGUGGGCUACGUCAUCAACCUGGCUGUGGGUCGGACCCUGGCUAGCAAGCACGGCUAUGACGUGGAUUCUAACCAGGAGAUGAUUGCCCUGGGCUGCAGCAACUUCUUUGGCUCCUUCUUUAAAAUCCACGUCAUUUGCUGUGCUCUCUCCGUCACUCUGGCUGUGGAUGGAGCUGGAGGGAAAUCGCAGGUGGCAAGCCUGUGUGUGUCUCUGGUGGUGAUGAUCACCAUGCUGGUCCUGGGGUCCUAUCUAUACCCUCUCCCCAAGUCUGUGCUGGGAGCCCUGAUAGCUGUCAACCUCAAGAACUCCCUCAAGCAACUCGCCGACCCCUACUACCUGUGGAGGAAAAGCAAGCUAGACUGUUGUGUCUGGGUGGUGAGCUUCCUCUCCUCCUUCUUCUUGAGCCUGCCUUAUGGUGUGGCAGUGGGUGUCGCCUUCUCCAUCCUGGUUGUGGUCUUCCAGACCCAGUUUCGAAAUGGCUACGCUUUGGCCCAGGUCAUGGACAUGGACAUUUAUGUGAAUCCCAAGACCUACAAUAGGGUCCAGGAAAUCCAGGGGAUUAAGAUCGUCACUUACUGCUCUCCUCUCUACUUUGCCAACUCAGAGAUCUUCAGGCAAAAAGUCAUUGCCAAGACGGGUGUGGACGCCCAGAAAGUAUUGCUGGCCAAGCAAAAAUACCUCAAGAAGCAGGAGAGGGGGAGAGCGAUGCCCACACAACAGAGGAAGUCUCUAUUUAUGAAAACCAAGACUGUCUCCCUGCAGGAACUCCAGCAGGACUUUGAGAACCCCUCCCCGACCGACCCCAACAACAACCAGACACCUGCUAAUGGUGCCGGCGGCGUGUCCUACAUCACUUUCAGCCCUGACAGCCCCCCAGCUUCCCACUGCGAGCUGCCGGCUCCUGCCGAGACCCCCAGUGAGCCCACUGACAUGCUGGCCAGCGUCCCGCCCUUCGUCACCUUCCACACCCUCAUCCUCGACAUGAGUGGGGUCAGCUUUGUGGACUUAAUGGGCAUCAAAGCCUUGGCCAAGCUGAGCUCCACCUAUGGGAAGAUCGGUGUGAAGGUCUUCCUGGUGAACAUUCAUGCUCAGGUGUACAAUGACAUUAGCCAUGGAGGCGUCUUUGAAGAUGGGUGUCUAGAGCGCAACCACGUCUUUCCCAGCAUACACGACGCAGUCCUCUUUGCCCAGGCGAAUGCCAGAGAAGUGGCCCCAGGACCUGACUUCCAAGGGGCUCCAGUGGACCCUGAGAUCUCCUUAUUUGAUUCGGAGGAGGAGAGCCCCAGCUACUGGGACUUAGAGCAGGAGAUGUUCGGGAGCAUGUUUCACGCAGAGACUCUGACCGCCCUGUGA